AUGGCCUUGAUGGUGGGCGCUGGGCAAGAGGGCGGGGGCGUGGCCGUGGGGAUUGACUACGUGCAGGGUUUGGUGGACUUGUCGCGCAAGAACGUGGCUGCUGCCUUCCCGUCGCUGCUGUCGAGCCCCAACUUCGAGCUAAUCAAAGGAGACGGCUGGGCGGGGGGCCCCUCUUGGGGGGCCCCCUACCAUGCGAUUCACGUGGGAGCUGCUGCUGCAGCAGUUCCUGCUGCGCUGCUGCAGCAGCUUGCUGCUGGGGGCAAAAUGGUAAUCCCCGUGCAGUGCAGCAGGGGCCGCAUAACCCUCGAGGGUUUGGGCGAAAGGGACUUGGGAAUUAAUGCAGAUUUAGGAGGAGGCCAGGCUCUUGUUGUUAUUUCGAAAAGCUCUGGAGGAGAAAUUUCUGUCAAAUACAUCACCAGCGUCAUCUACGUGCCCCUCGUCCGCACCAGCUCCCACUAG